AUGGAUUCAGGAACUCAAGAUAAUCGUGUUUGGUAUAUAACAGGAUGUACUAGUGGGGUUGCACAAGCAUUAAUUGAAAAGAUUUUUGCAAAUCCAAAUUGUAAAGUUGCAGGUACAUCACGUGAUAUUAAAAAAAUUGAAAAAUUAAGUUUUGCCAAUAACCCAAAUUUCCUUGGUUUGGAAAUUGAUAUUAAGAAUGAACAAAACAUUAAGGAUUCUGUUGAAAAAACAAUUAAACAUUUUGGUGACCUAACUCAUGUUGUGAAUUGUGCCGGAUAUGCUGUCGUUGGUGCAAUUGAAGAAGGUACUGAACAAGAUUACCAAGAUCUCUUUGAAUCCUUAGUUUUCUAUCCACUUCGAGUCAUUAGAUCAGUUCUCCCACAUAUGCGUUCAAAAAAAUUUGGAUACAUUUUUAAUGUAGGUUCAAUUGCUGGUAUUAAUGCUCACCCUCGUUAUGGUGCUUAUGCAAGUGCUAAAUCAGCACUUAAUAGUAUUAGUCAAGGUUUGGGUGCUGAUGUUAAACCAUUCAAUAUUAAAGUAACAUGUCUUGUUCUAGGUCAUUUUAUGACCAAUUUCCAAAACCAUGUAGUUUCUGAAAAUGCUUUAGUUUCCAACAUGAUUCCAGAAUAUGAUACUCAAAAUUUCUGGUCCAAAAUGAUUACCCCAUUCAUGAAAAUAUUAACUCAAGGUGAUGUUAAAAAAUUAGCAGAUUUAGUUGUAAAUCAUUAUGCUAAUCAACAAGAACUCCCAUAUAAUUUAUUCAUUGGUCCAAAAGAAACAUUCAUUGGUGUUGAUCGUAAAAUUAAAGAUUUACAAGAUCAAGUUACUUCUCAAAGAGAAUUUAAUUCAAAUGUUGUUUUAGAAAAAUAA